GGCUUUAAUUACUUGUGAAUUUAAUUACUUGCAAAAGGGAAUUACUUGUGUUGGUUAGCUAAAUUACUUGUUGCCAGUAUUACUAACCACCUUAAUUACUUAGAUGACAGAAAAUAAUUACUCAUGAAUUUUAUUAUUCAAUUCCGUAUUUACUUAAGAGAAAAAUUACUUACACCCAUAAUUAUUGAUCUUAUUUACUUAAUACCCCAAGUGCUUGUGAUAAUAAUUACUUGAUGCCCUGACUCGUGGAAAUACUUAUGUACGUAUUUUUAAAAAUAUAUUUUACUUAUGCAGUUUAUUACUUGUGCAACAUUUUAUCUAUGACAAAUAUGUAAUUAAUAGCAGUCCUAAUAAAUAUUUUUAUUUAUGGAAAAUUGUUAUAAUGCAAAAAUGUAUUACCGAGCACACGUCUUUAUGAGCUAAGUUACUAGUGCAAUUCAUUUUUAAACGGUGUUACUUAUGGGAAUCCGUCAUUGUGCUACGCACCCCAUUUUAACCUUUUUUUAAAGCUUAAGAUAGUUGUAAACAUCGCCAUUUUGGCUUUGACAAAAUUUCGUCUGCUAGAACUUGAAACACAAAUUUUCAAAAGUUUUACCUCUGUGAACGUUUCCGUCAUUCCGUUUUAGAAAGAUGGUCCUGUCAAAGUUUGAGAUAAGAAAAGCCCGAUCAAUGGUUGGAGACUCCAGGCAAGCAGUAAGAGUCAGGGUAGCUUUCGCAGCAAGCUCGACGGCCGAAAACUUCGUGACUAAGAUAGCUUGUCACCGUGAGGUACAGUCUGGCCUACUUUCAGAACACGUACAACAAGAGUAUGUCACAUGCAUACAUAUUUAACUGUAUUUUGGUACACAAUAUAUGGGCUUUUAACGGGAUUGGGGUGAUUACCAGCCAUGGGUGGGGCCCACAGCGAGAAGCACUACUAACAAUUGCAGCUGGAAUUGUUUUGAAUGAUCCUCAUCAAAACGGUAGAGGCGGUAGAGCCCUUGUUGCUCGUGCUGGAGCCCAUCCUGGUGGUGGCAUUCGUGGUCUUGGUGCUGCUGUGGGAGCCAAUGCUGCUCAAGCCCAAGGCGCAGCUGCCCACAUUGUAAAUCCUGCUGAUGGUGGCCUUGGUGCACCAGACCAUGUUGCUGCUGCAGGAGACCAGGCUGUUGGUGCACGCCCUGAAAUUCCCAUUAAUGCUGCUGAUGGUGGCCUUGGUGCACCGGACAUUGUUGCUGCUGCAGGAGACCAGGCUGUUUGGUGCCCGUCCUGAAAUUCCCAUUAAUGCUGCUGAUGGUGGCCUUGGUGCACCGGACAUUGUUGCUGCUGCAGGAGGGUGCUGAAGGUGGCCUUGGUGCUGCUGCUGAAGUCCAAGUUCCCGCUGUUGGGAGGGUCCCUGCUCCUGGUGGUGGUAGAGGUAAAAUAGGGUUAGAAAUGAAGUUUUGUAAUUUUUAAUUAUUUUUUUUUCAAUAGGCGGUCACCGUGGGAAUCUAGGAAGGGUUGUGAAUGGACGUGUUGGAAAAGGACGUGUUCGAAAAGGCCGUGGUGGUGGAGGUAGAGUUUGAGUGCACUCCUGUCGUGAAUAACCUAAUAA